AUGUGGCAAAAGGUCGCAAAGUUCAAGGGGGGCGAAUACUUUCGCAAGGCACUGUAUGGUCUCACCAGGGGUCUGAGGAUCUCAUCUCGGUACCUAAUGGCAGUCAGGCUACCUCUGGCAAGCACAUGGAGGGCUGUGCGGCCCCCCAAAGAAAUGCCACCCCACACCAUGACUGACCCACCGCCAAACCGGUCAUGCUGGAGGAUAUUGCAGGCAGCAGAAAGUUCUCCACGGUGUCUCCAGACUGUCACGUGCUCAGUGUGAACCUGCUUUCAUCUGUGAAAAGCACAGGGUGCCAGUGGUGAAUUUGACAAUCUUGGUGUUCUCUGGCAAAUGAAAAACGUCCUGCACGGUGUUGGGCUGUAAGCACAACCCCCACCUGUGGACAUCGGGCCCUCGUACCACCCUCAUGGAGUCUGUUUCUGACCGUUUGAGCAGACACAUGCACAUUUGUGGCCUGCUGGAGGUCAUUUUGCAGGGCUCUGACAGUGCUCCUCCUGCUCUUCCUUGCACAAAGGCGGAAGUAGCGGUCCUACUGCUGGGUUGUUGCCCUCCUACGGCCUCCUCCACGUCUCCUGAUGUACUGGCCUGUCUCCUGGUAGCGCCUCCAUGCUCUGGACACUACAUUGACAGACACAGCAAACCUUCUUGCCACAGCUCACAUUGAUGUGCCAUCCUGGAUGAGCUGCACUACCUGAGCCACUUGUGUGGGUUGUAAACUCCGUCUCAUGCUACCACUAGAGUGAAAGCACCGCCAGCAUUCAAAAGUGACCAAAACAUCAGCCAGGAAGCAUAGGAACUGAGAAGUGAUUUACACCUGUUGUCUAUUCCAUUUGCACAACAGCAUGUGAAAUGUAUUGUCAAUCAGUGUUGCUUCCUAAGUGGACAGUUUGAUUUCACAGAAGUGUGAUUGACUUGGAGUUACAUUGUGUUGUUUAAGUGUUCCCUUUAUUUUGUUGAGCAGUGUAUAUUAGCAUAGUAUAUAUUUAUGCUGUAUAUUAUUAUACACUCUACAACCUGUACCCUUUACAAUGUGUGUGUGUGUGUGUGUGUGUGUGUGUGUGUGUGUGUGUGUGUGUACUGUGCAGACCCAUACAGUGAUGUGAGUAGGAGUGUGAACCUGGUUCCGUACAGCCUGGUCUCCCUCAGCGGGUCCAGAGGAAGAGGCCGGUUCUGAUCAGUCCAAACAGUCUGGCCCGGACCAUUAUUCAGAAGAUACUCAACAUGGGUGGAGCCAUGGACUUCAACAUCUGCAAACCAGAUGUCCUAACUAAAGAAGAGUUCUUAAUGAGACAGAGGAUUGAACCCAUCAUCUCCUCCAGAGAGAAGACCACCAACACCUACGAGGUUGUCUCUCCUGAGAACAUAGAGGCUGUUGCUGCAAAGGGUAAACACUGUUUGAUGGAGGCUGACGUGAGCUGUGUUAAAGACCUUUUGAGGAGAGAGAUCUACCCAAUCAUCAUCCACAUCAAGAUCUGUGACAAGAACAUCAGGAAGCUAAGGAAGCUGCCCCUUCGUGUGGACAGUGAGGAGGAGUUUGUCAGAGUGUGUCGGAGCAGAGAGAGAGAGCUGGAGAGUGUUCCGUGUCUCUAUGCGUGUCUGGAGCCUGAGGAAUGGGCUGGGCCUGAUGACCUCAUCAGAGUGGUGAAAGACAGAAUCCAGGAGGAACAGAGGAAGACUGUCUGGGUGGAGCAAGACCUGCUGUAACACACACAGAUUAAUGCAUGCACACACCUCACACACACAAGGUGUGCAAGAUGGCGACGCUGGGUUAAAUGCCACAAAAUAGUUGGGAGUCCCCAGUAGGGGCUGCACACAAUUGGCCCAGCGUCGUCUUGGUUUGGCUGGGGUACAACGUCAUUGUAAAUAGCAAUUUGUUCUUAACUGACUUGCCUAAUUAAGUAAAGAUUAAAUAAAAUACUAAAUUGUUGAGAGGAAAACCUGUAGUCAGCAUUUCAUUAUUAUGUCACAUUGGG